CACGCCGGCAUGGGCCUGCACAACCUCAACACUGGCUUCAACUACACCUUGGACUGGUCCCCUCUGUUCGGCGUUCUGAACUGGAGCCGACCCACGGUGCUGGAGGAUGAUUCGUUGCUCUGGUGUAACCAAGGCGCGUCGUGUUUCAGUAACAACUUUACCGGCUACUUCCGGGGACCAGGAACAGAGCGCCACCCGGUGGCGAAGACAACUGGCAAAAUCAUCAGUGCUUUCUCCCACUGGGUCACGUGGGACAACAAUACUGGUAUCUAUGGCGACACGGCAUAUCUGAUGCGUUCCAGAGAUGGCCCCUACUGGACGGACACCUGGACCUGUGGCAGCUUUGUUCAGCGGGCAUUUCAAGCACUCUAUGAUCUCGGCGUGAGAUUCUAUCCCGACUUUCAACCAACCUACGAUCUGGCCAUCGCCUACACACAUAGGCCUGAAUAUCUGGGCAACCACACGGAGAUAUUCGGCGCUGAUGGAGACCCAGUCUUGGCCCAGAGGCUGAUUUCGUAUUUCAAGCAUUUGCGCCAGAAAGACCAUCACCAUAUGUAUCUGUAUUUCAAUGAAGCGUAUUGGCAUGCUAAGCUGACAUCCCAACCUCCAGACGCGCUUACCAAAAUGAUAGUUCCCUUACCAGGAUAUGAGUAGACCAUUUAACAAAGAAUUAACUUUCUGACGUCCCCCCGCCGUGAUAUUGAUGGAAUAGUGCUAAAAGCUGCAUAACGCCUAGCUCACUCACUCAAUCUUCUCCUUGCAUUCAACCAAAUGGUCUUCCAUUUGUCUGUAUUAUAUAUCGACGUUCGU